ACAUUAACCUAUAUCAGGUCAUAACGCUUUACUAGGCCUAGCUAUCUGUAAACAAGUAAAGGUGCUGAAAAACAACCACGAUGAGCUACUUAAUGUUCAUAUUUUCUACAAUUAUCACGGUGGUGCUGGCUGUUGAUACAUCAAACGUGAUUCAGAUUAUAACAGAUAAACAAACAGCAAAUCCUGACAUUGUUAUGAGAAAUAACACCUACAAUGCAAGCAUAGAAUAUUAUAGGUCAAGUUUACCAACAUUUUGUCAUUGUAAAGGCAUCACAACAAUAAUGUGCUCAUGCCGUGCAAAUACAAAAAAUGACCAAAUACCAUUGGCAAAUAUCCUAAGGAACAUGGAUAAAAAGAACACCGCUACUAUAAGGUUUGAGAAUUUUAAAUUUGAAACUUUGUUAAAUGGGUCUUUCAAUGGAUUUUCCAGACUAACAUCUCUGAUAUUUAGGAACUGCAGCAUCAAGAAUAUUGAAGUCAAUGCCUUUAAAAGUAUAAGUAUAUAUCAUCCCUAUAAUGCCAAACUAAGAAUAGAAAUCAACCCCAUUAGACAUAUUGAACCUGGAACUUUUGCUGCAUUUAAAUCAUGGAAACAACUGUCGCUGAAUCAGAAUAGGAACUUAGGAACAAAAGGGAUUCAAACUGUGAUGAAUGACUUGCAAAAUAAAACAGUCCAUAGUUUGGAAAUAAAAACAUGUGGAAUUUUUCUGGAGGAGUUGACUAAUUCCUUCUUUGAACCACUGCGUUAUUCCGGAAUUGGGAGAUUGAACAUGUUAGGCAAUGCUAUUGGAACUGUGAAAUCAGAUGCAUUUGAACCGUUGAAAGAAUCACUAACUGAUUUAACAUUAUGGAACUUCAUGUAUGUAGAAAAAGAAACAUUCCAAAUAUUCAGGGAAUUAAGACGUUUGAGCAUAGGUGGGUUUAUCCCAUCAAGGAGCUCAUAUGACCUUAACAUACACCUUCAGAAUAUAACAGCUUUGAAAAGUCUAACAAUGAACAUGAAAGGAGUUGAUGUACUAAAGAUGCAAAUUUCUGUUUUGCCAAAUUUGUGUGACUUCCAUUUAAUAUCUGGAAGUGCUGUAUUUGACCCCCAUAGAUAUCAGUUGAUUACACUAUUAGAUAAUGUUAAAUCAUUAAAAGAGUUAGAUUUGUCUGGGAACCUAUUAUUUGAAUAUACGGAUGAACAGCUUUGUCAGUUAUUUGAGGAUCGUAGCAAUUUUACAUUUUUAUCCCUCCGUAGUAACUACUUCUCACAUCUUCCUCAAUGCAUGUUUAAAGGAAUGUAUGACUUAAAAACAUUACUCCUCAAUAAAAACAGACUAACAAAUAUCCAAAAGGACCUUUUCAAGGAUUUGCAUAGUUUAAAUAAGUUAGAUUUAUCCAGGAAUGCAUUAACAUUCAUUGACCUGAGUAACUUGGAAAUAAUGUCACAGUUACAAUUACGUGGACUUUCAAUUUAUGGAAACAACUUUGAGUGCAAUUGUAAACUAAAAGGCCUCCGUAAUUGGCUCAUGGAGAAGAUGACAAUCAAGACAAAAAAAUUCAUUGCUGAAAAUUGUUCAAUGCCUUCUUACAAACACAUAGAAUAUGUUCACAAUUUUACAAUGACUUGGUUGGAGUGUAAUACCAUUCCAUUUACGCUUGGUACAACAGUAAGUGGAGGUUUAAUCAUAUUCCUGAUAGUUGUGACCCUUGUGCUACUGAGACAUUUCUGGAAGGACAUUGAGUACAGAAGAAUGAUCUUCCUUGCCAGGAAGCGUGAACAAGAUGAAAACAUGCAUGACCCUCUCAUAGAACAUGAUGCUUUUGUUAGUUACCACAGUGAAAAACAAUUGUGGGUUGAGAGAGAUUUGUGUCAAGAACUGGAGAAUGGAGAGGACAUAAAAUUUAAACUUAUGUUUGAUGAUCGAAUAAUACCAGGUGGUUCCUUAUUCACAUCAAUGGGGCAAGCCAUACAUAACAGCCGCAAAAUUAUAUUUGUGGUGAGUCGUGGUUGGGUGAAAGAUGCUAUGAAUCAGUUUGAGGUUGAUAUGGCCCUUGUUAAACUCCUAGAUGACUACAGAGACAUGAUUAUUGUUCUACUCAUGGAGCAUAUUCCUAAAGCUGAGAUGCCUGACAAAGUAAAAAUGAUUAUAAAGCACAAUAACUGUCUCAGAUGGAGUAAUAAAGAAAAGAAACAAGCAAAGUUCUGGAGAGAUCUCAAACUUGAACUUGGCAAACAUCAUUUUGAGGCACAAGGCCAAAAUCAUGAUGAAUUAAUUUAG